CCUUUUUUUUUUUAACCGGCUGGAAUCAUGGAGGCUGUCGCAGAGAAGAAGAAGGCGGCCCCUGCUGUUCCAGAGACCCUUAAGAAAAAGCGAAGGAAUUUCGCAGAACUAAAGAUCAAACGCCUCAGAAAGAAGUUUGCCCAAAAGAUGCUUCAAAAGGCAAGGAGAAAGCUUAUCUACGAGAAAGCUAAGCACUAUCACAAGGAAUACAGGCAGAUGUACAGAACUGAAAUCCGAAUGGCUCGGAUGGCGAGGAAAGCUGGCAACUUCUAUGUGCCUGGAGAGCCCAAGCUGGCGUUUGUUAUCAGGAUCAGAGGUAUCAAUGGUGUGAGCCCCAAGGUUCGCAAAGUGCUGCAGCUUCUUCGCCUUCGCCAGAUUUUCAAUGGCGCCUUUGUUAAGCUUAACAAGGCUUCAAUUAACAUGCUGAGGAUUGUGGAACCAUACAUUGCAUGGGGGUACCCAAACCUGAAGUCGGUGAAUGAACUCAUCUACAAGCGUGGUUACGGCAAAAUCAAUAAGAAGCGUAUUGCCUUAACAGAUAACACUCUGAUUGCACGGUCUCUUGGUAAAUAUGGUAUCAUCUGCAUGGAGGAUCUGAUUCAUGAGAUCUAUACUGUUGGGAAACGUUUCAAAGAAGCAAAUAACUUCCUGUGGCCCUUCAAAUUAUCUUCUCCGCGAGGUGGGAUGAAGAAAAAGACCACCCAUUUCGUAGAAGGUGGAGAUGCAGGCAACAGGGAAGACCAGAUCAACAGACUUAUUAGAAGGAUGAACUAAGGUAUCUCUCUGCCAUGAUUAUUUUUGUAAUCUGGUCUCUUAAUAAAACAGUGACUGCUUUCAA